AUGGCGUACAACAAUAACCAAGGUUAUAACCUUGGUGACCCCAACACCGGCUACGACCGCACCGAGCAUGAGGAGGAAGUUGGUCGCUCGCUCCUGCAUGAGAACCCCAACGGCGCCCACUCGGACCCUUUCUACGGCAACCCCGAGGUCCGCCCACACUCAACCUACAGCUUGACCGAGUCGUACGCGACCGACAGGCCAACACAGUACCCCGGCCAGGCUCACGCUGGCUCUGACUACUCAGGGACCACGGGCGCCUACGAUGCACCGGGCGAGUUCGGCGCUCCUCAGCGAGCUCCAUCACCAUACCAGAGGAGCGAGACCAGCUCAACCGAGGCAUGGAGACAGCGACAGCAGCCCGGCGGAGCCGCUGGUGGCGGCCUCAAGCGUGGUAUGACCCGUAAGGUCAAGCUUGUCCAGGGCUCCGUUCUGAGUGCCGACUACCCUGUGCCUUCGGCCAUCCAGAACGCCAUCCAGGCCAAGUACCGCAAUGAUCUCGAGAGCGGCAGCGAGGAGUUUACACACAUGCGCUACACGGCCGCGACAUGCGACCCCAACGACUUCACCCUCAAGAACGGUUACAAUCUGCGUCCCGCCAUGUACAACCGCCACACCGAGCUGCUCAUCGCCGUCACCUACUACAACGAAGACAAGGUCCUCACUGCCCGUACUCUGCACGGUGUCAUGCAAAACAUCCGCGACAUUGUCAACCUGAAGAAGUCCGAGUUCUGGAACAAGGGUGGCCCCGCUUGGCAGAAGAUUGUUGUGUGCCUGGUUUUCGACGGUAUCGACCCUUGCGACAAGGGUACUCUUGACCUGCUCGCCACUAUCGGUAUCUACCAAGAUGGUGUCAUGAAGAAGGAUAUCGACGGAAACGAGACUGUUGCUCACAUCUUCGAAUACACCACUCAAUUGUCCGUUACGCCCAACCAGCAGCUCAUCCGCCCCCACGAUGACAGCGCCAGCACGCUUCCCCCCGUCCAAAUGAUGUUCUGCUUGAAGCAGAAGAACACCAAGAAGAUCAACUCGCAUAGAUGGCUUUUCACUGCCAUUGGUCGUAUCCUGAACCCUGAGGUUUGCAUUCUGCUCGAUGCUGGUACAAAGCCCGGACCCAAGUCCCUUCUCGCCCUUUGGGAAGGUUUCUACAACGACAAGGAUCUCGGUGGUGCUUGCGGUGAGAUUCACGCCAUGUUGGGUAAGGGCUGGAAGAACCUCCUCAACCCGCUCGUGGCCGCACAGAACUUCGAGUACAAGAUCAGUAACAUUCUCGACAAGCCGCUAGAAUCCUCCUUCGGAUACGUAUCUGUCUUGCCCGGUGCUUUCUCUGCCUACCGAUACCGCGCCAUCAUGGGCAGGCCGCUCGAGCAGUACUUCCACGGUGACCACACUCUCGCUAAGAUCCUCGGAAAGAAGGGUAUCGAAGGCAUGAACAUUUUCAAGAAGAACAUGUUCUUGGCCGAAGAUCGUAUUCUGUGUUUCGAACUUGUCGCCAAGGCUGGAUCCAAGUGGCAUCUUACCUACAUCAAGGCCUCCAAGGGAGAGACCGAUGUUCCCGAGGGUGUUGCUGAAUUCAUCGGUCAGCGUCGUCGUUGGUUGAACGGUUCUUUUGCUGCCGGUAUCUACUCCCUCCUGCAUUUCGGCCGCAUGUACAAGAGUGGCCACAACCUGGUCCGCAUGUUCUUCCUGCAUAUUCAGAUGCUCUACAACGUCUUCCAAACCAUCAUGGCUUGGUUCUCCCUGGCUUCCUUCUGGCUUACUACCGUCGUUAUCAUGAGUCUUGUCGGCACCAAAACCGAUGACCGGGAUGCCUGGCCAUUUGGAAACACUGUCACGCCCAUCUUCAACGUCAUUGUCACCUACCUCUACCUGGCAUUCCUGAUCCUACAGUUUAUUCUGGCUUUCGGUAAUCGUCCAAAGGGUUCCAAGUGGACUUACUUGGUCUCUUUCUGCGUUUUCGGUCUCAUCCAGUUCUACAUUGUUAUCCUGUCCAUCUAUCUCGUUGUCCAGGCUUUCACGAAUCCGUCAUCGGAGAAGCUCGAUACCUCAUCGCCGGAAGCAUUCGCCAAGUCUUUCUUCUCGUCUAGUGGCGUUGGUAUCAUUAUCAUCGCGCUUGCUGCUACUUUCGGUCUCUACUAUGUCGCCUCGUUCCUCUACAUGGACCCAUGGCACAUGUUCACCUCGUUCCCGCAAUAUCUGCUUAUCAUGUCUUCCUAUGUCAACAUCCUCAACGUCUACGCCUUCUCCAACUGGCACGAUGUUUCUUGGGGUACCAAAGGUUCCGACAAAGCAGAGGCGCUUCCUUCAGCGAAGACGGAGAAGGGAGCCGACGGCAAGUCCAAUGUCAUCGAGGAACCAGAUCUACCGCAAGCCGAUAUCGACAGCCAGUUCGAAGCCACCGUCAAGCGCGCUCUUGCACCCUACGUACCGCCUGUCGAGGGCGACGAGAAGACCCUUGAGGACUCGUACAAGUCUUUCCGUACCAAUCUCUGCAUAGCCUGGAUUGGUUCAAACGCUACUCUUGCGGUCGUCAUUACCCAAGACAACUUUGACCAAUUCGGUUUCUCUUCGAGCGCCUCGAGCAGAACCGCGCAUUUCUUCCAAGCCCUUCUAUGGGCUACCGCCGCACUCGCCAUUGUCCGUUUCGCCGGAUGCUUGUGGUUCCUUGGUCGCACUGGUCUCUUCUUCUGCGUUAGGAAGAGGUAG